CCUAAUAGACGAUCUUCGUUUAUGGCCUGAAACCAGGAAGCGGCAUCUCCCGGUGAAACGCCGGUUAGCCGAACACGGCGGAGUUUAUGGGACUUGUCAGGGUAAAGAAGACCCCCCUGAUCCGUUAGCUGCUGGGAAUGAAGGCAGGUUGUCGGGUUUUACUUUAUUAAUUCAUUUCCUGUCAGUUUUUGCUCUUUUGUCUCGAGUGCAGUCGGUUCUACCGGGUUAGCUUGAAGCUGGAAGAGGGUUAGCUAGUGGGUUCUAUCAUGUAUUUAUCCAGUGUGGAGCUGUGGAAAACAUACUGGGAAUGUGUUUCCAGACCGUACACGGUGUUCAUCUGCUCCGUCACUGCUGCUCUGUACUACCUGUGGGGUCGCAAGUGUCAGACCCCAGCCCUGAUCUGUAGCGACGCUUUCGGCAUUUUCCUCCACAGACAUUGUCCCGCGGUGUCUGAGCGCUUCAGUCCCACCCCCUGGUGCUGGGGGGGUCGGCUUCAGACCCUCGUCUGUGCUCUCCUUAAAACCAGACCCCACGUCACCUACCGCAAUGAGCUGAUCCGUACGGUGGACGGAGGUCAGAUCUCUCUGGACUGGGUGGACAAUCAGAACAGUAGGCCCUACCCAACGUCCUCCACGCGUCCCACCGUACUCAUCCUCCCUGGACUGACGGGAAACAGCCAGCAGUCCUACGUGCUUCACGCCGUCAGACAGGCAACGCGACACGGAUACAGAUGUGUGGUCUUCAACAACAGAGGGGUUGGAGGGGAGGAGCUGUUGACUCCGGUCACCUACUGCGCUGCCAACACCUCAGAUCUGGAACGAGUGGUGCAGCAUGUUAAAGGACUCUACCCUCAGGCUCCUGUGCUCGGUGCUGGCGUGUCUCUUGGAGGAAUGAUACUGCUAAACUACCUGGCUCGGAAGCGCACUGAGUCGGGAAUGGUGGCAGGAAUCACCAUCUCUGUCGCCUGGGAUGCUCUGAAGUCAUCCAACUCAAUGGAGGAGCCUCUCAACUGGCUCCUCUUCAACAAACACCUCACAAGUGGACUCUGUCGUACCGUCACCAGGCACCGGAAGAUUCUGGAGAAAGUGGUGGAUAUUGAUUAUGUUCUGAAGGCACAGACUAUCCGUGAGUUUGACGAGCGCUUCACGUCUCUGCUUUUCGGAUAUAAGACUUGUAUAGAUUACUACGAUGACGCCAGUCCUGGCAAAAAGCUCCCAAACACAGUUGUUCCGAUCCUGUGUCUGAACGCUGCCGACGACCCUUUCUCCCCCCAGAACGCGUUCCCAGUCUCCAUAGUGCAGACCCUGCCGAAUGUCGCCCUGCUGCUGACGGCCCACGGCGGACACAUCGCCUUCUUGGAGGGUUUGUUUCCACGGGGUGAGAGCUACAUGGAGCGUCUGUUUGGCCAGUUUGUUCGAGCGGUUUUCGAACACCCGUCGGACAUCAAGGAAGCAUGUAGCGCCCACGAGGGAUAAACGAGAGCUGUAUUACUUACCCCUGCAUGCUGUCACCCGUCCGCAUAAAUGUAUGUUGCCUUUUUAGAAGAAAACCAAACUGAUUGUAUUGUACAAAUUUUCUCCUCCUCAGCUUGCAGGUUGGAAAGACGUUGAACUGAAGCCAUGGAGGUUAAAUCUUCCAGUAUAAAGUCCUGUAGCAAUGUGAAAAGCUUUAGCUUAAGUCCCACCCACAAAAAGAUAAUAUAUUUAUAACUUAUUGGGUUUUCUCUGUGAAGAUCUGUCCCAGCUGCACAGGAUGAUUAUACCUUGUGAAAAGUAUAAACUCAGAUGUUGAAGGAAUUUCUAUUUUAUAAUCGGGUAAAAUCAGAGGGUGCGUGGGAAUUUGCCCAACCAGUCUACAUGUGUUUUGUGGAUUUGGAGAAGGUGUUUGACCGCGUCCCUCGGGGGGCCCUGUGGGGGGGUACUCUGGGAGUAUGGGGUACCAGGCCCUCUGAUACGGGCUGUUAGGUCCCUGUAUGACCGGUGUCAGAGCUUGGUCCGCAUUGCCGGCAGUAAGUCGGGCUCGUUCCCAGUGAGAGUUGGACUCCGCCAAGGCUGCCCUUUGUCACCGAUUCUGUUCAUCACCUUUAUGGACAGGCUUUCUAGGUGCAGCCAAGGUGUGGAGGGCAUCCGUUUUGGUGGCCUGAGGAUCAGGUCUCUGCUUUUUGCAGAUGAUGUGGUCCUGUUGGCUUCAUCAGAACGUGAUCUUCAGCUUUCGCUGGAGCGGUUCACAGCCGAGUGUGAAGCAGCUGGGAUGAGAAUCAGCUCCUCUAAAUCUGAGACCAUGGUCUUCAGUCGGAAAAGGGUAGAAUGCCUUCUCCGGGUCAGGGAUGAGGUCCUGCCCCAAGUGGAGGAGUUUAAGUAUCUCGUGGUCUUGUUCACGAGUGAGGGAAAGCUGGAGCGUGAGAUCGAUAGGCGGAUUGGUGCUGCAUCUGCAGUGAUGCGGGCAUUGUACCGGUCUGUCGUGGUGAAGAGAGAGCUGAGUUAGAAGGUGAAGCUCUCGAUUUACUGGUCGAUCUACGUUUCCCUCACCUAUGGUCAUGGUAGUGACCCAAAGAACGAGAUCGCGGAUACAAGCGGCCGAAAUGAGUUUUCUCAGAAGAGUGGCUGGGCUCUCCCUUAGAAAUAGGGUGAGAAGCUCGGCCAUUCGGGAGGGGCUCAGAGUAGACCCGCUGCUCCUCCACAUCGAGAGGAGCCACUUGAGGUGGCUCGGGCAUCUGGACAGGAUGCCUCCUGGUGAGGUUUUCCGGUGUCUGUGUAGGAUCGGCUUGGGGUCCUUCAACUGCCGAUGACAUCAAAGUAGUUGAUUGGCUGAACAUGAAGCUUACGGAAGUUACGCUAUCACGUUAUGAUUUUGAUUGGUCAGAACAAAUUUGCGGUCAUAGUCUUAGCGGUUGUAGUCCUGUUGUCCAAAAAUCAACACUUUUUGGAGAAAAUAUGUUUGAAUUUCUAAAGGAAAUGUAAAAUAUAAGCAAGUGAUAAACGGUGACCCUCAAAAGCUCUUGAUGUUGAUGAAAUGGGGUAAAAUAAAAUAUAAGAACUUUAUUGAAAGACACCAAGCAAUAUUUAGAGUCAAAGAAUGUAUUUAGAUAACAACUAAGGAAAUAUACAGAUGAACUACACAUUAAUGCAAACAGAAGUGGCUUCACAUAUAAGAACUGUUCUGUUUUUUGUCAGUCCGAUGUUGGUUUUAUGUAGUUUCACAUUCUUUACAAAACAAAGAUAAUAUGGUGUUUUAUUAACAAAUUACAAUUAUAAAGAAAACAUUUAGGUGUUAACAAACAAGAAUUUAUUAACAAAACUGCUGAUGUCUUUCCAAAACGUAUGUGUGAAAGCCAAGUAAAUUUGCAGUAAUGUGACAUCAUCGGCAGUUGAAGGACCCCGAGCAGAUCCUGUACCGACACCGGGCACGUCCAACCGGGAGGAGACCUAAAGGUAGACCCAGGACACGUUGGAGGGACUAUGUCUCUCACUUGGCCAGGGAACGCCUUGGGAUUCCCCUGGAAGAGCUGGCCCAAGUGGCUGGGGAGAGGGAAGUCUGGGCGUCUCGCCUUAGGCUGCUGCCCCCGCGACCCGACUCUGGAUAAGCGGAUGAAAAUGAUGGAUGGAUGGUAAAAUCAGAAAAGGUUAACAUAAUGUUAAUUUACAAAGUUCUGUCCUGCCCUACAGGAAAUUUUGCACUGAAAUCUGCCUUUUUAAAACUUGCACACAUUAAUUAGAAAAUCUAGAUGAAGGAAUAAUUAUUUUGAACUGAAAUGUCAAAUCAAUUUGUUUUGUUAAAUAUCUUUGCAGAAAUCUAACUUGAAUCGUACCAACAGUGCAGACAGGUUUGAUUGUGUUACUGAGUGCACUUCUUAUAAAUGCACCCUACUUUAUUGUCCUAAAACCCUGGUGAGUAUUAACUCGUGAUUGUUUUAUGCGACUCUUCAUGUGAAGGAAUUCCAACUUUGACCCAUAAUCAUGAUGACAUCACAGCAGCUAAUGGUGCUAAUUUAUUGGUGUUAUUGGAUGAUUGUAUUUAGUAACUUUGACGUAUUUUAAGACAUGUUUACAGUAUUUGAUGUCACGCUGUAGUUUUCAACUUUUGGCUUUUUUCUGUUUGAACACAAUCACAAAUGCACCUUUUAUUGUAAACUGUGUCAAAGCUGCACCUUUUGGGCAUUAUUCAAUGUAUUCUGACUUUUCAGCUGCAACCUCAAAAUAAAAGGACACCAAAAUAAAAUA